CCGAUUGGUGGGUGUUCUUGAGAUCUCACCAGCAUGAAGGCGUAGUUAAUCCAAUCUCUACAUGAAUCGGAGUGACACGUUGCUUGAACUGGUACAACUCCAAAUUCGUGUAGGAUGAAUCUGCUUUUACGUGGAUCAUAUAAUAUGAAGACAGUCACUCAAUCUUGUCUUCUGUAUAAAGACGAAUCGAAUGCUUCCUAUAAAGAUCCACCACAGCGAAGUUAAUACGAGAGAGAGAGAGAGAGAGCGAGCGAGAGAGAUGGAUCCCUGCCCAUUCGUUCGGCUCAUCGUGGAAUCUCUUGCGUUGAAGCUACCGCCAGUGGCGAAGCCGGCAGGCCCUGGCGUCCACCCCUCCGCCACCCCAUGCUUCUGCACCGUCCAACUCCAAGACUGCCCCUCCUCCACCCAGACCGCUCCUCUCCCUCUCGCCGUCGACCCCACGUCGACCACCAACUUGAUCGAACCAGCAGCGUCCACUUCUGCCGUUGCCUCCUCCGCGGUCGUCAUCAGUCUCGAGCCAGCCGCGUUGCGGAGGCCGUCAGGCAGACCAGCAAGCCUGACCGUGGCGGUCUACGCGGGCCGGACGGGGAGCACGUGCGGGUUCAGCUCCGGCCGGCUGCUCGGCCGGGUCAGAGUGGCGGUGGACCUCGAGUCGGCUGCCACGCGGGCGGCGGUGAUACAGAGCGGGUGGGUCAGCAUGGGGAGCGGGCUGUCGGCGGCGCGGCUCCACCUGGUGGUGCGGACGGAGCCGGACCCCAGGUUCGUGUUCCAGUUCGGGAGCGAGCCGGAGUGCAGCCCGGUGGUGUACCAAAUCCAAGGAGGCGGUGGGACUGGCCACGGCGGUUGCGUUCGCCAACCGGUGUUCAGUUGCCGGUUCUCCGCUGACCGUCGGCGGACCACCCGAACCACCUCACCGCCAACCAAAAGCAACCGGAGAAGAUGUUGGUUUGGUUCACUGGGUGGAGAAAGAGACCACGAGAGCAGGGAGCAGCGCAAGGGGUGGACUGUAACCAUUCAUGACCUCUCGGGAUCCCCGGUGGCUGCCGCGUCCAUCGUCACUCCCUUCGUGGCCUCCCCCGGUUCAGACCGUGUCUCGCGCUCCAACCCCGGCGCAUGGCUCAUACUCCGCGCCGUCGGCCCGUCCGCCACCAACUGGAAGCCAUGGGGACGGCUCGUGGCCUGGCGCGAGAAAGGCCCCGUCGACGCCCUGGGCUACAGGUUCGAGCUCAUGACCGACGCCGGACCAAACCGCGGAGUCCCCAUCGUGGAGUCGUCCCUCAGCAUGCGCAAAGGUGGCCACUUCUGCAUCGAUCCUGGCGUCGUCGAAAAGUCAGGGCCCUUCGCCGGUGGCUUCGUGAUGGCAGCGACGGUGGAAGGUCAAGGCAAGGUGAGCAAGCCAACAGUUCAAGUCGGGGUGCAGCACGUAUCGUGCAUGGCGGACGUCGCUCUCUUUAUAGCGCUUUCAGCAGCCAUUGAUCUCAGCGGAGAUGCUUGCCAGUUGUUCUCCCACAAGCUACGCAAGGAGCUUUCCCAAGACCAGCAAGAGUACGCCCCUUGAAGAGGAUGGCCAAGUUCCUCCUUGUUCAUGUGAUGUGAUGACUACAGGCUUUCAGCAGUCUUUUGUUUGAUCACAAGAAUCGUUUCCUCUGUUUUGUUGAUAUCACUGUUAUCAUUUUUUUGUUUUAUGAAUCUUAGGAGUAAUGCGAGCAGGAUUAUUUCUAGCAUUAUUUUCAUAUCACCCAAUUUCCAUUGCAUCCUGUGCUGAUGCUACCAUGAUUGCGCAAAUCCACAGGUUUUGAUGCUUACUAGAACAAAAAGAAGCGUGACUGCAACUAUACGAGUACGAAAGACUCUUCGAUGAAUCAUUCAGAGUUAUAUAUUGAUGGGAAAUAACCUUUAUUGGAUCAACAUGUCAGUAAUAUCAAUACAGGAAAUUGAUAAUUCAUGAGUCAAAUAAGGGAAGGAAGCAUCAAAUGAAACAACAAGAUGAUGCUCUGUUUCUGAUUUCUGGCAUUAGAAUCAGCAUCAAGAACCUCGCUAACUUCAUCUCAAGGUGCAGUGACCCGUUUACGGAGUCGGGCUGAGCGCCUUAAAGAACUCUGCAGCACAAAAUAGAGAAGUUGAGAAUCUGAAGCUCCACACAUGUUUCUUGGCUAGAACAGAAGACAACUGACCUGUUCCCUAAUGAGUGACCUCUGAACGGCAGGACUUCUGUUCAUAAUCGCUGAAGUCUCCGACGGAUCUGUUGGAUAUUGAUCUGGCUUUGAUUCCUCAACCGGAUCUGCUCCUCUUCCUCUGAAUCUUUGGGUUGAACCUGUUGGAUGGGCAGUUCUCCCAACGAUGGUGUACUCCCCAAGCAAUUCCACCACCGGUGGCCGAGUACCAGCUAACUCUGUUCCUUCAUUGCUUGUGUGACUCAGAGGCUUAUGACAAACAUUUGAAUCGCUUACCUUAUCCUCUUUCCCUCUAAUGGAAGAUAUAACCUCAUCCUGAAUGUUCAUCUCACAGGUGGGCGUGGAUGCUGGCGCUGAGGUCUUCUGGUGCUUCAGACAAGACUUGUACAAGAUAGUACUCAGCGUAAGCGUCAGCAAAGACAUUGAUAGUAGUAUCCUACGAACAUUCUUCGAGGCAAACACAAAGUUAUGGUCCCAUUUGAACUCGUUCUUCCCUGUAUCAGUGACUUCACUGUCGUCCAUUUUUCGAUCAUCUGACACCAGGCUUGAGAAGAUUUGGGAACGAGGAAGCCACAAAGAUUCAUUUAGCUCUGCGCCGCCCUCCGCCCACGGUGCCUCCCGGAGGUCCACAAUUUCAUCUUGAUCAUCUGAAGAGGUGGUAUCAGCAAAUUGAGUCUCUGAAACUUGUGAGGAGACAGCCGGCACAUGAUGAGUGUCACCCAGAAUCUCCUCGCUCCAUUCAUCUGGAAGAGAAAGACUGCAUUUGUGCUGCUCAGCGAACUGGGAAUCAGCAGCCUCGUCAGUCAUUGCUUCAACCACAAAGUCAUCUUCAGUACCAAUUCCAUUCUCAACCAUCGAUCCUCCAUCUUUCCUUGUUGCCACUUCAAUUCCAUGAAGCGAUUUGUUCUCUUGAUUUGGAAGGCGCCGGGAGCAAGUCUUCUGCAUCAAGCUUCUCCGGAUCCGAAGAAAGGCUCGAGUCGCCUCCCGAUCCGUAAUCUUCCUCCCUCUUCUCUCCCACGAAGCGCAUGAGAAUCUGCCGGCGCCUAUGCGGGUUAUAGCGGAGGAACUGCGGCCUCGGGGAGGUGCAAUUCGUCAGCGGAUCAUAAGAAACAGGGUUGGAAGGACUAGAGCUGGCUUCAUCUCGAUCCCCACAAAGACAGAACCUCGAAGAAAGAUCCGAGCCCAUUUGCGCUCCCAAGCGGGCGUCAUGACAGGACUCCGGUAAGAUCGCGCGGUUGUUCUUCUCGGACAAGAUCUUCCUCUUCGCAGCCGAAGACAUGGCCGUAGUCAUUAAGUUCUUGCCUUCCUUCCCUACUAAAAAAGGCCUGCUGUUUUCGUCAGUCUCUCCGGCGUCUUUCAUUCCUUUACCAGAGCUUCUUCUUUGGGAAUCUGCAACCAAAAAAAAAGGCCCUCAUCAAGACGAGCUAUUGAACCUUGAAACCCAAUGAUAUUCCAAUCUCAUCAAAAAAUGCAAAUCGAAAAUGAUGAAAAGGGGAGAUCAAAGUCGAGAAAUUCACCACAAGGGAACGGCUUGCGAUACCAAGAGUUCGGUGAGCGACUAUUCGUAGAGAAAUCCAUUGAUCUCGUUUCUUUUUCGUCUUGGAUUUCUACUUGCAGAGGUGACGAGAUCCGACCGUUGGUGAUUUUGUAGCUUAUGACCUUAUAUUCAAAUUUCGAAUAUCUCAUCCGACCGUUGGUGAGAAGCAACAGGUGGCGUCCUCAGACGGCUUCGAGUUGCAGUGUCCUGGCAGACCAAUUUAAACAACGAGGACCAAAUUAUAUUGGCGUAUUAAAUUAUCAUAUCAUUAUUUAGGUAUAAUUAAUUAUUAGGAAAUAGAAAAUACUAUAUCAUACAAUAUUAUAUUAGAGAGCCAGACGGGGUUGUCAAUAACCGACGUCGCCCUUCCCAUCUCUCGUUCCGGCCCAAGCCCAACAGUUAACCACCGACCUCGACCACGCAGAAGAGGGCAACAUCACACGGCCCGAAGCGCAGGACCAUGGCUUCCUUCGCCAAGAAACGGAGGAUCGAGGCGAAGAAAGGGAAUGUGCCAUCACUUGCUGUAAAAGAUAAUGCUGCAGCUUCUUCAACUGGUUCCCCUAUCCCAACAGCACCAGCCAGAGUGCAAUUGCAAAUUCAGCAGGCCAAGAAAUUUGCAGUUACACAGGCACAACAAGAAGGAUGCCUUGGAAAUUAUAGAAGUUUUGAUUCACCAUUUGGGAACUAUCUUGUUCCUGUAAUCCCCACUCGUGCUGACUUAUUUGGAAGGCAUCCCACUAAUUAUGACAGUUUUCAUUCAUCUCGGCACAAUGGUGUGUGUGUGUGUGUGCGCGCGCAUGUGUUUGUGUUUGUGCUGCAUUCACGAACCAAGUUCCACGCUCGUGAGAAUAACUGGACCAGCCUGCCUCGGUCAUGAUUGCGUGGUUCGAGGACAGCAAUGCAUUUGGCCACCCCCAGAUUUAGCUGCAACUUUAAGGUAUAAGCAUCUUCCACUAUAUCAUUUUGUUCUAUUGAUUUCAGUCCCAGUAACUGAAACGAUUCAACACAUCGCAUAUGUCGCUUUAUUUAUGCUUGCUAGUACUUUGGGCCCAUUCAGGCUCUCGGCAUAUCGUUUACAGAACGAGGUUUUUGAUA